CAGCCUAGAAAGCCUGUCUGAUGUGUUAAUGCCAUAGGCUUUGAGGGAUGGUGUGAAAGGAAUUGUUGAGAGGAAGAGGAAGGCACGUAAUGCGGCGAUGUAAACACGAACUCUCGCCUCUGUUUGUGAACUGGAGCGAGCCGUGUUCGGCUGGCGCACGGAGUGUAUGAUGUCCUCCAUCUCAAGACAGGCUUGAUUGUGAUCGGUGACAGCACUGGUCUGUGCCCGCUUCCCUCUCGUCACAGCUCCCACCAUCGGCACAGCCAUGACGUCACUGGCCAGGACAUGGACCUGCUCUUUUGUAUGCUGCUUUCUGUCAACUCUGAUGCUUCAUGUGGCGUCACAGACUGUGGUGCAAGCCCCACAGGCUCAGAGUUCCAGCUCCCAGGUGAUCACAGUGUCCCUUCAGGAGGAGGAGUAUUCCUCGUUUCACGCUGAAAACCCCGAGUGGACAUUCAACCAUUUGGCGGUGGACUAUCGCAAUGGUAACGUUUACUUGGGUGCCGUCAACCGUAUCUAUAAACUGUCCCCGGCCUUGGAGGUCCAAGUGUCCCAUGAGACUGGCCCAGAUGAAGACAACCGCAAGUGCUAUCCUCCACGCAUCGUCCAACCUUGCAGUGAGCCACUGACACUCACCAACAACGUCAACAAGAUGCUCCUGAUGGACUACCGGGAGAACCGGCUGCUGGCGUGUGGCAGCCUCUAUCAGGGCAUCUGCAAACUCCUUCGUCUAGAUGACCUAUUCAAAUUGGGAGAGCCUUUCCACAAGAAGGAGCACUACCUCUCUGGUGUCAAUGAAAGCGGCUCGGUGUUUGGCGUCAUUGUUUCGUAUGGAAACGCCUCUCCGGACAUGUUGUUCGUAGCCACUGCAGUGGACGGCAAGCCAGAAUACUUCCCCACCAUCUCCAGCCGCAAGUUGGCGAGAAACUCCGAGGAAGACGGCAUGUUUGCGUAUGUCUUUCAUGAUGAGUUUGUGGCUUCUAUGAUCAAGAUCCCUUCAGAUACCUUCACCGUCAUUCCGGACUUCGACAUAUACUACAUUUAUGGCUUUGCCAGUGGGAACUUUGUCUACUUUCUGACUUUACAGCCCGAAAUGGGGGGCGGGCCGACUGCGGGAUCCUCGUCCACUGGUCGGGAACAGGUCUACACUUCCAAGAUAGUCCGCCUUUGUAAGGCAGACACUGCUUUCAACUCCUACGUGGAGGUGCCUAUUGGAUGCGUUAGUGGCAACGUGGAGUACCGAUUACUCGAGGCGGCCUACCUGUCCAAAGCUGGUGCUAUUCUGGCGCGCUCUCUCGACGUGGCACCAGACGACGACGUGUUGUUUGCCGUCUUCUCAAAAGGUCAGAAGCGACGUCCACGGCAGGCCUCCCAGGACUCGGCACUGUGUGUUUUCUCUCUGCGGAAGAUCAAUGAGAAAAUCAAGGAGCGACUGCAGUCCUGCUACAAGGGCGAGGGUACGCUGGACCUGGCUUGGCUCAAAGUCAAAGAUAUCCCCUGCAGCAGUGCGCUCCUGACCAUCGACGACGACUUUUGCGGCCUCGACAUGAACGCGCCGCUCGGCGUGUCCGAGAUGGUGCGCGGCAAGCCGCUCUUCUCCGACGCCGUCGACAAAAUGAGCUCCGUCAUCGCCUACGUCUACAAGAACCACUCGCUUGUCUUCGUCGGCACCAAAAGUGGCCGCGUCAAGAAGGUAAGGAGCGGUGAGACGAAUGAGAGCAGAGAUUCGGUUUCUCGCCGUGAAAAUGUGCAGCGGAGGCUGGGAAUUGGGGACUGUUGGUUUGGAGGAAGGACGGGAUGGGACUCGUAAGGUAGAUUGACUUUCAGUCAAAUCAGCUGAGUUGGCUGUAUUUGUAAGAGGAAGAGAGGGAGAGUGAAAAAGAGUAAGUGUGUGUACUUCUCUGUGGAGAGAAUUUACCUCUCUCUCUGUGUGUGUGUGUGAGGAAGAAGGGGGAUCAGGAGAGCCCCUGAGGGGGUUUUGUUCCUCGAGCCAAGCCUAUCUGAUAUCUCUCAACAUCCUCCUCAUCCACUGCACCAUAUACCACACACACACACACUUAUGCAGUGUACGCACAGUAUCAGGAGUAGCCGCCGUACUUUUCCUUCACUUUGGACUUGAAUGAAAUCCAGACCCCUGGGGGCAGAUUGUAGCACACAUCAGCAUGUUACAGAACUUG